CACGUGCUGUGCGUUUCUUAUCAGUAAAGUUUGAAUGCAGUUGAAACACAUGAGUUUUUGCGAAUUUAAUGAAAAUUUGCUACAAUGUUGUUGAAAAAUUUCGGCCUAUUGUUUCGCAACGUUUCUAGAUCAGUGCGCAGACAAACAACUCAACCAGCACUGCACUGUUGUAGCGCUACAAAAAUAUGCUACCAUAAAAAUAUACCGCAAAAAACCAUCGGUCUUCUGAAGCUAAGACAUUACAGUUCCAGUUCGGAAAAAUCAGAUGAUAAUGAAACUACCAGAUCCAAUAAACUUCAAUCGGGUAUCGGUAAAUAUAAAGUUUUUGCUGAUUACGAUUCUCCGGUGAUUUUGGAUAUCGACGAAGAGAGACAACUGCGAUUGGAAAAACCUGAAUUAUUCGAACAGGAGGAAGUCAGAGAAGACGAAUUCGCCGGAUUAAAUCUUGAAAGAGGUAUCAAUGGUGUAUUCGAUAUUGAAGAAUUGGUUGAUAUAUUACGUAAAGAGAAAGCAAAGAAUAUAUGUGUUGUAUCCGUUCCGCCCGAGUAUCAAUAUGUAGAUCAUAUGGUAAUCGCGUCGGGGAAAUCUUUAAAACAUUUGACUGCCAUGGCAGAAUUCAUUAGAAAACUAUACAAACGAAAAAAAGCUGAAAGCGAUUAUUUCCCUAUAAUAGAAGGUAAAAAAUCGGAUGAUUGGAUGGCUAUAGACUUGGGAAACAUAGCUUUACAUUUUCAAACCAAGGAAUGUCGCAAGAAAUUCGAUAUCGAAAUGCUGUGGAGCUUAGGACCAGAAUUUGACGAUAAAAUUAAUCAAAAAGAAGACGAAUAUAUUACUUUAUUGAAGCAACAUAGCGCUUUGCAAGAUUUAGAACCUUUGGAUGUAAUAUCAUCCAACCAAAGUGAUUCAUCGAGGAAAGAUGAUGCGAAUAAUUCAUUAGCGUAAAGAAUGUCAACGAAAUAACUGUUUAUUCUGUUCGGUUCAUGUACAUGUACCUGCUCCUACUUAUUGAAUUUUCAAUUCUAAAGGUGCGUUCAUGAUUGUCUGUAACUAACCGUAAUAAAAGUUACGGUCUGUUACAGAAAAGUAAAAUACAAGAAUUCUUAUGGCGUAGUUCACGUUGUCCGUAACCGUAACUUUUUGUUUUACAGAAAAGAACAAAGAAAAUUACAGAAAAGUAAAAAAAUUUUUACUUUUCUGUAACAAGCCGUAAGAGUUACGGACAAUCAUAAACGCACCUUAAUAAUAAUGGAGAGCCUAUGUAUUCGAUAGUCGAAACUGUUUAUAGUAUAGUAGGUGUAUUGAAAUGAAUUUUAUUGUACGUAAGAACCUUUUUUAUCGCUCAGACUAUUCGUACAUAGACAUACUACCCAUCUACCUAUGUACUUUUGUCUAAAGAUGUCGAACGUUUACCAUUUUUCGUAGAUUAAAUAUUUUAAUCUCGCGUUUGGAA